GGGGAGAGCAGUAGUACAACUCUGUCAUAUCGAUUUUGUCACCAUCAACUCUAUAAAAACUAAAGAAACCCCAGUAUUUAUUUGUUGAAUAGCUCGUGCAGGCUCUAGUAUUAAAAGCAUAAAAUGGCAUCGGACAACUGCAUAAUUUGACGAGGAAGCUAAAAGUGCAGUCACAUAAGAGUGUGCAUUGUUUGUGUGAAAGUGAAUCUAGUGGGCGUGAAGAAAGUGUAGCAUAUUCUUUUGUUUCCUUCAUCUCCCACGUUUCUUGUUUGUAACCCUGCAUUCUUGGAAGAGAUAUUUCUUCUUCUUUUUAUUUAAACCAGUGUGUUAAUUGCUUGUGGGUCAAUGAAUUUCACAUUCAUGGACAUUUUACCGUUUAGCCUGAUUGCUGUAUGUGUGGAAAACAUUUAGUGGAGUGCGAUCUGCAAAAAUCAUUUCCUGAAAUUUGUGGUCAAUCAAUUCUUGGAGGGCUUCAGUGACUGGGAUUGAGACGUAGAUCAAUCCGUAGUCGCAUCACCGUCCAUCUUUAGAAAGUGAUACUGCCACCACGGAAGACACACACACAAAUACACUCACAAACCAGAAUUCGCGCUAGAGUAUCGUGGCCUUUUCUCAGAAGAUUACCAAGAAAACCAGAAGAAAAAAAACAAUGCAGCGCUGGUGGUAUAUUGAUGACACCAGCAGGACGACCAAUGGGAAUGAUGAUCAGCAGAAAUUCAGUACUCCACGCUCUCGUACCAGCACGCCACGUCAAUUGGAUGACCGGAAGUGGACCUUUAAGGUUCACACUCCAAUCCAGAUUGGUAACAAUGAAAUCGUGGCCAUAGCUGGGGACUGCGAGCAACUGGGCAAUUGGAAGCCAAAUGAUGUGUUUCUAAUGGAGAGGGUUGAAGGAAGUGAUAUUUGGGCUGCCGUUGUGGACAUUCCAUCUCAGCGCGUUAUCAACUAUCGCUAUUUGAUUUGUGCCAUUGAUCCAGCUACCCAAACUGUCCAUGUGCGUCAAUGGGAGACUCAUAUAACUCCAAGAAAUAUUCCAUCAAAUACGGAUACAUUGGAGUCCUUUGACACAUUUGGGGACAUUGGAGGACUACAUAAAGUGGACAGAGGAUGGCUGACAAAUGAAACAAUCUUUCAAUUCUCAUUCUACAACAAUCCUUUCAUGCUCACGGGAAAGGCCAAGAAUAAGCUGAUUUAUGUGAAGUUGACUCCAAUGAAUUUGCGUGUAAGCUCUGAAGCCCAAGAUAUUGCUGCCGUGCUUGAAGAGUCGCUGUCGAAUGAUACCCGUGAAAAUGGCACAGAGCAGCCAGCUUACGCCUUCACGGAAUGUGUAUCGCUGCGAAGCGAUGAUGAGGCCAAACUAGAGCCACUGUCGCAAUUUGGCCGUGCCUAUCAUCCGGAUGAUAUUUUAAUUUUUCACGUUACUGUAACUGAGCCGGAAAAUGUGGCCUAUUUAAUCGAUUUGUAUACAUAUAGUUCUAGGGCAUGCCAGGAAGAGCCACCAAGGCAUGUGGGCUAUCACUAUAUAUUGCCUAAUUUAUUGAAAAAAUCUGAAGGGCAAUUGGAUUUGCCGGUGACAUGCGCCUCCAAACAUCGUCCACUUGGUAUGAUGAGAGUGGAGUAUUUAAAGAUUACACCCUUUUGUCCACAAAAGAUGAAUCUAAAGACAUCAUAUGUAAGACAUUGGAAUCCCAAGUGGAAGGGUCUGGAGAUUGGACAUCGUGGCUCAGGGACGAGUUUCAAAUCGAAGGAUGGCAAUCUCAUAAGAGAGAAUACAAUUGCCUCAUUGAAGAAAGCUUGUGCUCAUGGGGCUGAUAUGGUGGAAUUUGAUGUGCAAUUGAGCAAAGAUCUCGUGCCAGUGAUCUAUCAUGAUUUCUCUGUGUACGUGUGUCUCAAGAGGAAGAAGCAAAUUGACACAAAUGAUAUGCUAGAAUUGCCAAUGGGUGAAUUGACACUGGAACAAUUGAAUAAUCUCAAGGUGUAUCAUGUUGAGGAAGGAAAAUCACGCGAACCACGAUUCUUUGAUGAAGAUCUGGAAGAACAUCAGCCAUUUCCUACAUUGGCCAAAGCACUAGAAGCCAUUGAUCCUCAUGUUGGAUUCAAUGUUGAAGUUAAGUGGUCAAUGCGGUAUUCUGAUGGUACAAGGGAGACAAAUUAUGUGACAGACAAAAAUCUCUAUGUGGAUUGUAUAUUGGAUGUUGUGUUGAAUUAUGCUGGAAAUCGUCGAAUUGUCUUUUCAUGCUUCGAUCCGGAUAUUUGUACAAUGUUGAGAUUUAAGCAAAAUCUCUAUCCUGUAAUGUUUCUAACAUGCGGCGAUACAGCCAAAUAUCCCAAAUACUACGAUCCCCGCUGCAAUUCCCAUGGAAAUGCCAUCAAGAAUGCAUGUGCAAUGGAACUCCUAGGUAUUGUGGGGAAUUCUGAAGAUUUACUCAGGAAACAAGAAUCGAUUCAGCAGACAAUCGACAAUGGUUUGAUAAUUUUUUGCUGGGGUGAAGAAAAUAAUUGUUCCAAUACCAUUCGUCACCUGAAGAAUUUGGGACUUCAUGCCAUUAUUUAUGACAAAAUGGAUGUAUUUUCAACCAAAGAGCGCAAGGAGAAUAUCUUUCUGUUGGAAGCCCGAGAGUCCGAGAAGGAAAUACUUCAGAAUUUGCAUGAGGAGAAGAAGAAGGAUAUUUUGGACAAAUUGGCUUCGGAUAGUGGAAUAAAAGAUCUCUAAAAUAUUUAAGUUAAACUUACUUUCUAAAAAAAAUUACUUGUUCAAUUGAAAGAAAAAAAAUUCUCUGUAGUGAACUUUUAUUCUUCUCUUGAUGAUAGCUUUUAAGAAUUUGAGCAAAUUGAAGUAGUUUGAUGUUUUUUUCUUUGAUAAAUUAUAAAACUAUUUAAAUUCAUAAGAAUAUAUGAGUUUUCUUUUACUAAUCAUUUUAUUUAGAAAAAAAAACACAACUUUUUACAUUGUGCAAAACAAUAAAUGACCAUAAUUUUAUGAAAAAUUUUAAGACACAUUUCUAUUAUACCUCAUAGAAAUUUUAAGGUAAAAACUAAUAUUUAUUCAAAUGUGAAAUCUUGCAAAGGAUUUUUGUGUUUGUGGAAAUUAAUUUACAAAAAAAAAUAUAGGAAAUUAAUAAGGAAUAACCACCUCUUUUGUAUUAUACGUAAUAAUUGCAUUAAUUGCAUUCUUAGAAAUUAGUGAAAAAGAAAUUGUUAGAAUGUUUAAUUCAAUCUCUUAAAAGGCAAAAAUUUACUCUAAAACUUUUCCCGCUAAUAAAUGCUAUUACAAAUUUAUGAAAAA